AUGGCAACCAAGAGAAAUUUGCAGCUUUUCCUGAACAGGUUUUGUAAGUCAGGUGUUAGGAGUUUUGGUGCUCUCCCUGAAGGCAGCAUGCCUUCCUCUUCUCAGCACCUCAUCAACUUGGAAUAUGAAUGCAGUGCCCACAAUUACCACCCAAUUCCAGUUGUAUUUUCUCAAGCCAAGGGAUCAACUAUUUGGGACCCAGAAGGCAACAAAUAUCUCGACUUCCUCUCAGCUUACUCCGCUGUCAAUCAGGGGCAUUGUCAUCCAAAAGUCAUGAAAGCAUUAGUAGAACAGGCUGAAAGGCUCACUCUCACAUCUAGAGCCUUCUAUAAUGAUAGAUUUCCAGUAUUUGCAGAGCAUUUAACCAGCUUGUUUGGUUAUGAUAUGGUGCUUCCAAUGAAUACCGGUGCUGAAGGUGUAGAAAGUGCUUUAAAGUUGGCGAGGAAAUGGGGUUAUCAAAAGAAAAAAAUUCCUAAAGAUGAGGCUAUCAUUGUCUCAUGUUGUGGCUGCUUCCAUGGUCGGACAUUAGCUGCUAUUUCUAUGAGCUGUGACAAUGAGGCUACUCGUGGUUUCUGGCCACUGUUGCCUGGCCAUCUUAAAGUUGAUUUUGGUGAUGAAGCUGCCCUUGAGAAAACAUUUAGAGAAAAUGGAGAUCGAAUAGCUGGUUUUUUAUUUGAACCCAUUCAAGGCGAGGCUGGGGUUAUAAUUCCUCCAGAUGGUUACUUAAAAGCCGUUAGAGAUCUUUGUUCAAAAUAUAAUGUUUUGAUGAUCGCUGAUGAAAUACAAAGUGGCAUGGCACGGUCGGGAAGAAUGCUCGCCUGUGAUUGGGAAGAAGUCCACCCUGAUGUUGUUAUAUUGGGAAAAGCAUUAGGGGGUGGUGUGAUACCAGUUAGUGCAGUUCUUGCUGAUAAAGAUGUUAUGCUUUGCAUCCAACCAGGGGAGCAUGGAAGCACCUUUGGUGGGAAUCCGUUGGCCAGUGCAGUUGCCAUUGCAUCAUUAGAGGUUAUCAGGGAUGAGAAACUUGCUGAGAGAUCUGCUCAAAUGGGACAGGAGCUUAGGCAUCAGCUCAUGAAGGUUCAGCAGAAAUUUCCUCAAUUCAUAGAAGAAGUUCGAGGAAAAGGCUUAUUCAACGCUGUGGAGUUUAAUAGCAAGGCCAUGCCCCUGUUACUGCUUAUGAUAUAUGUCUGA